CAGUUUUUACGUCACCGCGGAGUCACGCCCUUAGGCGUUCGUCUGCGCGCUUGCGCGUGCUGCGCACGCGCAUUAGCCCUCCCUCCGCCCCCGCGCGGGCUCCCCUCUGGCCAGUCGCGCGUGGGCUGAGGCCCUGGGCGGGCGUUGCGAAGGCUUGUUUGCCAAAGCGCGGUCCCCGCCGCAAUUCGGAGUUCCCUUCUUCAGGGGAGUUGCGCGGGAGAGGGUGUAGCCCCCCCUACCUAGGGUAAAUGGCCUGUUGCAUGGGCUGCUAAGGGCAGGCUGGGGAGCACGGGGGCUGGGGCCGCGACCAUGAACUCACCUGUGGACCCUGGCGCUAGGCAGGCGCUGAAGAAGAAGCCGCCAGAGCGGACGCCCGAGAUGCCAUUGGAGAACAGAAUGUAAAGUGACCAAAUUGUUCAAGAGAAGAUUGGAGACAAAUAAAGGGCGAACUUUUAGAUAUUUGAAGAAGGACUUGGAGAAUCGAAAGGACUUAAAUACUAUUUAUUCUUAUCUUCAUGGAAUGGAAAUACUAUCAAAUCUCAGGGAACAUCAGCUUCGAUUGGUGUCUGCAAGAGCACGCUAUGAGAGAUACAGUGGCAAUCAAGUUCUUUUUUGUUCAGAAACUAUUGCCAGAUGUUGGUAUAUCCUGCUUUCUGGAUCUGUGCUUAUGAAAGACUCCAUGGUUUUGCCUCCUUGCAGUUUUGGUAAGCAGUUUGGAGGAAAAAGAGGAUGUGAUUGUCUUGUAUUAGAGCCUUCAGAAAUGAUUGUGGUAGAGAAUUCCAAAGAUAAUGAAGAUAAUAUUCUACAAAGAGAAAUUCCUGCCAGACAGUCUCGAAGAAGAUUUCGGAAAAUUAAUUGUAAAGGAGAACGCCAGACUAUUACUGAUGAUGUGGAUAUUAACAACUAUCUUUCUCUUCCAGCCGAUCUUACCAAGAUGCACAUCGCAGACAACCCUCACCCACAGGUGACUCAUGUGUCUUCUAGUCAGUCUGGUUGUAGCAUCGCCAGUGACUCUGGAAGCAGCAGUUUAUCUGAUAUCUAUCAGGCUACCGAAAGUGAGGUAGGAGAUGUUGAUUUAACACGUCUUCCAGAAGGACCUGUUGAUUCUGAAGAUGAAGAGGAGGAAGAUGAAGACAUUGAUCGAACAGAUCCUCUGCAGGGGCGGGAUCUUGUCCGAGAAUGUCUUGAAAAAGAACCUGCAGAUAAAACUGAUGAUGACAUUGAACAAUUGCUGGAGUUUAUGCACCAGCUUCCCGCUUUUGCAAAUAUGACCAUGUCUGUAAGGAGAGAGCUCUGCUCAGUGAUGAUUUUUGAAGUUGUAGAGCAGGCUGGAGCUGUUAUUCUUGAAGAUGGGCAAGAGCUUGAUUCAUGGUAUGUUAUUUUAAAUGGCACUGUGGAAAUCAGUCAUCCAGAUGGAAAAGUUGACAAUCUCUUUAUGGGAAAUAGUUUUGGAAUCACACCCACUCUGGAUAAACAGUACAUGCAUGGAGUUGUUAGGACUAAAGUAGAUGACUGUCAGUUUGUCUGCAUAGCCCAGCAGGAUUAUUGGAGAAUUUUAAAUCAUGUUGAAAAAAAUACCCAUAAAGUUGAGGAAGAGGGAGAAAUUGUUAUGGUACAUGAGCAUCGUGAACUGGAUCGAAGUGGAACCAGAAAAGGACACAUUGUAAUUAAGGGAACACCUGAGCGUCUCAUCAUGCAUUUAAUAGAAGAGCAUUCCAUUGUGGACCCAACUUAUAUAGAAGAUUUCCUAUUAACUUACAGAACAUUUCUUGCAAGUCCUUUGGAUGUUGGGACCAAACUGUUGGAAUGGUUUAAAAUUGACAGCUUAAGGGAUAAGGUAACACGGAUUGUAUUAUUAUGGGUAAAUAAUCAUUUCAAUGAUUUUGAAGGUGAUCCUGCUAUGACUCGAUUUCUAGAGGAAUUUGAAAAAAAUCUGGAAGAUACAAAAAUGAAUGGUCAUCUCCGGUUAUUGAAUAUUGCGUGUGCUGCAAAGGCUAAGUGGAGACAGGUUGUGCUGCAGAAAGCUUCCCGGGAGUCACCUCUGCAUUUCAGCCUAAGUGGAGGAAGUGAGAAGGGAUUUGGUAUUUUUGUUGAAAGCGUAGAACCUAGUAGCAAAGCUGCUGAUGCAGGACUGAAACGUGGUGAUCAAAUAAUGGAAGUAAAUGGACAAAAUUUUGAGAAUAUAACGUUGGUGAAGGCCCUUGAAAUUUUGAGGAAUAAUACUCAUCUUGCACUUACUGUAAAGACCAACAUUUUUGUGUUCAAAGAGUUACUUAGUAGGACUGAACAAGAGAAAUCUGGUGUUCCUCAUAUUCCCAAAAUUGCUGAAAAAAAAAGUAAUCGCCACUCAAUCCAGGAUGUACCAGGAGAUCUUGAACAGACAUCACAGGAGAAAGGAAAUAAGAAAAUAAAAGCAAAUACUGUUUCAGGUGGAAGAAACAAAAUCAGGAAAAUUUUGGAUAAAACACGAUUUAGUAUCUUGCCUCCAAAACUGUUUAGUGACGGAGGCCUGAGCCAGUCACAGGAUGACAGCAUUGUGGGAACGAGACACUGCAGGCACAGUCUGGCCAUCAUGCCUAUCCCUGGAACACUCUCGUCCAGCAGCCCCGACCUCCUCCAGCCUACCACCAGCAUGUUGGAUUUUUCUAAUCCCUCAGAUAUUCCUGAUCAAGUUAUAAGAGUUUUCAAAGCAGAUCAGCAAAGUUGCUACAUUAUCAUCAGUAAAGACACUACAGCUAAAGAAGUUGUUUGUCAAGCUAUUCAUGAAUUUGGUUUGACUGGUGCAUCUGACACAUACUCUCUCUGUGAAGUUUCUGUUACUCCUGAGGGUGUUAUAAAACAGAGAAGACUUCCAGACCAAUUCUCCAAAUUAGCUGAUAGAAUUCAGCUCAGUGGAAGGUAUUAUUUGAAAAAUAACAUGGAAACAGAAACCCUAUGUUCAGAUGAAGAUGCUCAAGAACUAGUUAAGGAAAGCCAGCUGUCCAUGCUACAACUAAGUACUAUUGAGGUGGCCACUCAGCUGUCAAUGAGGGACUUUGAUUUAUUUCGUAAUAUUGAGCCUACUGAAUAUAUUGAUGACCUUUUUAAGUUAGAGUCCAAAACAGGAAAUACUCACUUGAAAGAAUUUGAAGACAUUGUAAACCAAGAGACAUUCUGGGUUGCAUCAGAGAUUUUAACUGAAUCAAAUCAGCUCAAACGAAUGAAGAUUAUUAAACAUUUUAUUAAAAUUGCACUUCAUUGUCGAGAAUGUAAGAACUUCAAUUCCAUGUUUGCAAUAAUAAGUGGUUUGAACUUGGCAUCUGUAGCACGACUCAGAGGUACUUGGGAAAAGUUACCAAGCAAGUAUGAGAAACACUUCCAAGAUCUGCAAGACCUUUUUGAUCCAUCCAGAAACAUGGCAAAAUACAGAAAUAUUCUUAGUAGUCAAAGCAUGCAGCCUCCAAUUAUUCCACUCUUUCCUGUUGUCAAGAAAGAUAUGACAUUUCUACAUGAAGGAAAUGAUUCCAAAGUUGAUGGUUUGGUAAAUUUUGAGAAACUCAGAAUGAUUGCCAAGGAAAUUCGUCAGGUUGUUCGAAUGACUUCUGCUAACAUGGAUCCAGCUAUGAUGUUCCGACAGAGGAAGAAGAGGUGGCGGAGUCUGGGGUCACUGAGUCAAGGCAGCACAAAUUCAAACAUGCUGGAUGUUCAGGGAGGUGCACACAAAAAAAGGGCACGCCGUAGCUCUCUGCUAAAUGCCAAGAAGCUAUAUGAAGAUGCCCAAAUGGCAAGAAAAGUGAAGCAGUAUCUUUCCAGUCUGGAUGUCGAGACAGAUGAAGAGAAGUUCCAGAUGAUGUCAUUGCAAUGGGAGCCUGCGUAUGGUACCUUGACCAAGAAUUUAAAUGAGAAAAAAUCAAUGAAGUCAUCAGAAAUGUCUCCGGUGCCACUGAGGUCAGCUGGCCAAACAACUAAAGCUCAUUUGCAUCAGCCUCACAGAGUAAGCCAGGUACUUCAGGUGCCAGCUGUAAAUUUGCACCCUAUCAGGAAAAAGGGCCAAGGAAAAGACCCUGCCACACUGAGUACAGGUUUACCUCAGAAAGUUUUAGGAACAGCUGAAGAAGUAAGUGGUGGUAAGAAACACACAGAAGACACUGUUUCUGUGGCAUCAUCCUUACAUUCCAGCCCUCCUGUGUCUCCUCAAGGUUCCCCCCGCAAAGGUUAUACACUUAUACCAUCAGCUAAAUCUGACAACUUGUCUGACUCCAGCCACAGUGAGAUUUCUUCACGGUCCAGCAUUGUGAGCAAUUGUUCUGUUGACUCCAUGUCUACAGCUCUACAGGAUGAACGGUGUUCCUCCCAGGCUGUGGCAGUUCCUGAAUCCACUGGAGCAUUGGAAAAGACAGAGCACUCCUCAGGGAUAGGAGACCAUAGUCAGCUUGGCCCUGGGUGGACACUCUCAAAGCCAUCUCUAAUCAACAAGAGUUUAGCUGUCUCAUCUUCUGUGAGCAAUGAAGAGAUUUCUCAUGAGCACAUCAUUAUAGAAACAGCCGAUAGUGGUCGUGGAAGUUGGACUUCCUGCUCAAGCAGUUCCCAUGACAACUUCCAAAGUCUUCCAAACCCCAAAGGCUGGGAGUUUUUGAACUCUUACCGACCUACCCAUUUGGAUGGUCCCAUAGCUGAAGUUGAACCCACUGACUGUGAGCACUACAGCUGUCCCAAAGGCUGCUCUCGAACUUGUGGUCAGUGUAAAGGAAGCCUAGAGACUAAUCAGAUGAGACAGAGUUGGGCUUCCUCUAGUUCUCUGUCUGACACAUACGAACCAAACUAUGGGACAGUUAAACGGAGAGUGCUGGAGAACACCCCAGCUGAAUCAUCUGAAGGCUUGGACCACAAAGAGGGCAUCGACCCAGUUUAUAAAACUGUUACUUCAAGUACAGAAAAGGGCUUGAUUGUGUACUGUGUCACCUCACCCAAGAAGGAGGAUAGGUAUAGGGAGCCACCUCCCACUCCUCCAGGAUACAUGGGGAUUUCUUUAGCGGACCUAAAGGAAGGACCCCACCUCCACCUAAAACCUCCAGAGUAUAGUGUGGCGGUGCAGAGGUCAAAGAUGAUGCAUAACAGCCUCUCUAGACUGCCACCAGCUUCUCUCAGUAGCAGCCCUGUGGCCUGUGUUCCAUCGAAGAUUGUAAUUCAGCCUCAGAGGCAUAAACUAGAUGUGACUGAUGCAGAUAGCGAAGCAGAUGAAAAUGAACAGGUUUCAGCAGUGUAGCCUUUGUAUUGACCUGGUUGAAGUCUACUGAAAGUCCUGGAAGAAGGAGUGGGCAGAGCCAUCUCGUGAUUCUGCAGGCCGUUGCUAGCACACAGCACGCUGCUCCUGCUGCUAACCCAGAGGUUUUGUUCCUGUACUCUGAGCAGUGAGAUAACCUGAAUCAUGCUUCCUUUCAUUUAAUCCCUGCAGAUGCAUAGUUUCCUCAGCUAUGGAUGUUGUGCCUGGAUACCAGUCUCCGCUUUGCACACCAGAUCUGCCUUGGGACCACAGUUACUAGAACAAAUUCAAACCUGAGUCCUCCCCAUAUAUAUAUCACUAUAGAUUUUCCUUUAACACAUUAUUUUUAAGAUAGUAGAGUGGUAGUAUUUUCAAGCCAUAGCUUGGGUUAACAGACAAAUUCGGAAUGUCUGCCAAUGCCAAGGAUAUUUUUAUGUAUUUGAAAAGUAACUUAUUAUUUGAAGUUUUGUGGUUUUCUUUGUAUUUGGGAGCUUUUGUUAACCGAUGUUCAUGUUUGAGGCCAUAAAACUGUCUCUGAUCUGACCAAACAGAAGCCAUCUUUACAGGAUGAUAAUACUUUUGACUAUACAGAGAUGUAACCAUCUGUAGCACCAAUACAAUGUGGGUCUGUUUGAAUGGAACAGGAAUCCUUUUGCUGUUGAGAUGUUAGGAAGGAAAAAUACUGCCAUCUGCUGGUCAGGAUUUGGAAGCCAAGUGAAGCUACCACAGAGUCAGCAGCCUUUUGGGAAAAGGAAGGGGGUAUGAUGGGGUAUGUAGCAAUCCUAAUUUCCAAAGAAUGAAAUUUUUAUCUUAUGUAACACGUAUAGAAAUUCUUUCUGAAGUGAACGUAAUGCUCUAACUGUAAGUAUAAAUCCAAUAAAUGGAAACUGAGUUCUAGACAGUUGCACUCUGUAGGAACCUGUAACUAAAAUUUUUCACAACUCAGAUAUGGAGUUCUUUCUUAAUGGAUGUGUUAUCGUUGGCAGUGUAAUCAUGAAGAUCAAUUUAGCUUUGUGCUAAGUGUUCUGCAGCGUUCCCCACCCCCACCCCCAUCUCAAAGCACAAGGCUGUUUUCAAUCUUGAUAAACACUGCAGCUCCCAGUUGACUGUAGGUAAAGCUCAGCAUGCCAGAGUCAAUGAUUGGUUUAAAAUUUUGUGGGGGAAAGAGGAGCUAGAAUUAUAGAAAUGAUUAUUUCUUGGUUUUCACUUCAGGCCUUGAGAGGAAGGGGGGAGAGAGAGAGAGAGAAAGAGAGAGAGAGAGAGAUAAUGUAUCUCCUGUUGGGCAUGGCACUCUUAAAUAUUUAAUUAAAAUUUCAGUAAUUGUUUACUGGAUGAGACAGACUUUCCAACAUUUUAAAAAAUUAAGUAUGUUUUCUAUAUCUUUAGUUUAAAUAUUUUCAUUUGUUUUUUAGUAUAAAGGCAAAUGAAAGUUUAAUAAACUUCUGUGACUACCAAAAAAACAAAAGCCAAAGCCAUUAAUGUGCACUACCCGGAUCAACUUGCAACCAAAAAUAGGUUUACUUCUGAGUGGUUGUCCAUAUGUGAAUUUAUAGGAUUUAGUUGGCUUAUGACUUCUUUUGAAAAGUUUGUUCUCAUUUUUUUCCUAGCUCUCUCUUCCUUCUAUCAUCCUUCUAUUUCCUUUAUUUUAAAAUCAUAAAUCAGUUCCAACUGGUAAAUGGCAGUAGUCCAUCUUUUCUAUCAAAAUGACAGUUUCUUCAUCUUAGGAAAGAUCAUGUAUCUGAAAAAUUCCCAUGGGCAAAAAAUUGUAAAUCAGAAACUUAAGCCUUAGAAAUUUAAGGUUAGAAUGAGGCUUAGUUGGCUUCAUAGCUAUCUUGGCCCAUUGAAAUGGAAAGUAACCUGGAUCAAAAAUCUAAUAAUAGUUUGAAAGUCACACUGUAAAGGUUUGAUCUAUAAACAGUGGUCCUUUGAUCAUAAAUUUUUCUUUCACUGGUUUACACAAUAUUAUUUUCAUGUCCAGAACAAAACAAAGAAAGUGAAAGAUAUUUUUGCUAUAACCAUCUUUUUAUCAAGUUUGGGUAUUUAUUCUCACCAUUUUGUAUCCACUCCCCAGAAAAAUGUGCUGUUUGCACAGUAUCUGUUUUUUUAACAGGUCUUUCAAAUUGUUGUCCUUAAUGUUAUCGAUAAUCAUCUUGCACAGAGUCAGAGGCUUGUGGUUUUGGACUUGCACCUUGUAGCUGCCUUUGUUUUCCUGUAGCUUGAACUGUGAGUGUUUGGAUCAGCUGAUCACAUUGAUCAGGAACUAGCCAAAUGCUUUGUAGCUUGAUAUGUAUGUAUCCCUUAAAAACGUCGUGGCAUUUUGAUCUUUAUGUUUGGAUAUCGGGUACAUUCCUGCCUUCUCUUAGUUUGUCACAUGACUAGAACAAGAGAAGCCUUAACCUAUACGUGUUCCAGUUCUAAGUCCCCAUUUGUUUUUAUGUUAUGAAUUUAUAAGCAUACAAAAGAGACUUGUGCCCUCAUCGCACCACAAUUCUGAAUCAGCCAGGAAUAUUGAAAUAGUAACUCCUUGCUGCAAACUUUUGCCAAAUAAUGAAUUUCAAUAACAAAAAAACUCUUCAUAAUGAAAGAUAUGGAGAAUUAAUAACUCCAAUGUGUACUUCCAUAAAGGUUUAUUGUAAUUUAAUAGAUUAUUACUUUCUCCAAAUGAUUACUUUCAGUAUGAUAUUUGGGGAGAGAAAACCCUUUAAAUGAUUUUUUGUGAAGGUGAUAAGUCUGCAUAACCACCUUAAAAAUCUCCCAGGCUUGAAAUGUGACAGUAAUCAUGGAGAUAUCCAAACCUCCUUGUGUAUUUAAAACGGAUUGUUAUUCUGAUAUAUGUUUCUAAAACAUGUAAUAUUAAAAUAGAUGUAUCCCUUUAGUAUAAAGGCUAGAGCAAAGGGAUAAAUCUUCUAAAGUGUUAAAGUACAUUUUCAGAUUUAAACGUGAACCCCAGUUCAUCUUUAAUUUUUGUUGUGCUCUUUAAAGGCUUCUUUACUUUUGACACACAGAAUGCAGUUGUACUUGACCUUUUAAAAUUGAAACGUGAGCUUAUCAGCAAAAGACAAAACUGCACAGUCAUAAUAAUCAAAUAGCAAUUAUACUGCACAAUUCUGUGAUUGUAAAGUAUCCUGUAACAAGCAAUGUUUGUCUCCUAUUUUUUGAUACCUCUUAAACUUUUAUGUCUUUUAGAAAGACAGUGCCUCUGUAUGCUUUUUGUAUUUUUAUUGAGUGUAAAUAUUUGUUAUAUUUUUGGUUAAGAGAAUGUAAAAGUACCAUUUAUUAUCAUAUCUAUUAAUACGUUGGUGGAAUCAAUAAAGAAUCUAAUCAGUC